GUGGAGCCUGUCUGCCAACAGCUUCAGCAGCGGCUCUAUCUGGAACCCACUACACUAACUGACAAUUAAAAAGGAGGCCCCCGUUUUCUUCUUAUUUCCGAGGACUAUUCUUCCCACCAUGGGCGACAAGAAGAGCCCUACCAGGCCAAAAAGACAAGCCAAACAGACCGCCGACGACGGGUACUGGGACUGUAGCGUCUGCACCUUCAGGAACACCGCCGAGGCUUUCAAAUGCAGCAUCUGCGAUGUGAGGAAGGGCACAUCCACCAGGAAACCCAGGAUCAACUCCCAGCUGGUCGCCCAGCAGGUGGCUCAGCAGUACCCGAUGCCUCCGCCGCCCAAGAAGGAGCGGCGGGAGAGGAGCGAGCGCACGGACAAGGAGCGCCCGGACGGCGAGGGCGAGCGCGCCAACGGAGAGGGACGCCCGGAGGUCGAGCGUCCGGAGGUCGAGCGUCCGGAGCUCGAGCGCCCGGAGCUGGUGAGGCCAGAGGGAGACCCUGCUGAGAAGGAGAAGAGCGACACCGAACAACAGCCAAUCACAGACAAGCCCAACAGAGAGAAGGACAUCGUCCCAGCCGUCACGAAGAAGCCCAGCAUCAAAAAGACCAGACCCAAAUCAGACAACCACCAGAGCCCGCCCAGCGACAAACACAGCAUACAGUCUGGCAAAUCAGCAACCAAGACCAACAAGAACUCUCACAUCUCCAGGCCCAAGCUGAAGAACAUCGACCGGAGCACCGCCCAGCAGCUGGCGAUCACCGUAGGGAACGUGACGGUGAUCAUAACAGACUUUAAGGAGAAGACCCGCUCCUCCUCCACGUCCUCAUCCACCAUCACGUCCAGCGCGGGCUCCGAACAGCAGCACCAGAGCUCCGGCUCCGAGAGCAUGGACAAGGGCUCGUCGCGGGCAUCCACGCCCAAAGGGGAUCUCUCUGUGGGGCAUGACGAGUCGUUCUAAGGUCCCGUCCCCCUUUUUUUCCCCUCCCGUCCUCGACCCACCGCUCCACCGCCUCCCCCCCCAACACACACACACACACACACACACACACACACGCGUACGUACGUUUCUGGACACUAUGGAUCCAGUAUGGGGAGAGAUGUCUCCUUUCCCAUCGGUGCCCCGCCUCCAUUCCAUGAACGAGGAGCCGGAUGUCUGAGAGCAACAGCAGUGGGCCUGCCGGGGCGAAACUCCCCCUCGUGGUUACAACCCGUGGUGCAGGCGAGGAGAGGAAUAACG